CGAAAAAGUUUGGAAGAUGGUUGGCCGAUAAUCAGAGAUGGGCGCAGUGUAAAUAGAACACGCUCGCGUCGUCGACAUGCGGGGUUUGAUAUUGUUAGGGGACGUUUAAGUAAAACGCCGAACAGCCCUCGCACUUGGCUUCGCGUUCAGCAAUUCGGACGUGGGUUUCAGUGUCAAAAUGGUUCCGCUCUGGAAAAAGGCGACGUCCCCGACCAUCGAGGAAGCGGCGCGGGACAUUGUCAUCAAGCGUUCGCUGACCAAACAACUCGCUGGCUGCGUGCGCGACUUACAGCAAGAACUCGUCAACGCCGAUCCUGUCGUCACGGGCGGCGAGGCAGUCUCCAGGGUUUGCUUCUGUCUCGAGGCCAUCUUCAUCCACGGUCUCAAGGACAACAUCGUCAAGAAGAUGUCCAGCGUGUUCAGCAACAACUCCACCGAGAAGCUGCCGACGCCCGACUUCUGGCCCGUGGCGAUGGUCUACUCGCACAAGGACGUCCUAGCCCAAAUCGCCGGCCUCAACCAGAUCAGCACAGACAUUGGACGCUGCCGAGCGUGGCUGCGCCUCGCGCUCAACGAGUCCCUGCUUGUCAGCUACGUCGAGGCUAUGAUACAGGAUCCGAAGACACUGCGUUGCUACUAUCGCCAAACUGCGUACAUGGCCGACCGGGAGCAGCCGGACAUCGUAAAGCAGUUCCUCGAGGGCCUCUCGGGUUACUCGUUCGGGCUUCCCGUGAACUGCGCCGCUCUCAACUGCUGGAACACCAUGCCGCUGCAGCUGGCCGGCCUGCUCAAGUCCGCCGAACGAAUGGAGCCUGUGAUGCCCGCGUACGACGUCGCCGAGUUCUUCCAGAACGAAGCGGGCCAGUCGAGGCGUAUGCGUAGCAAGCUGUCCGUGAGCUCGAGCCGUGUAAUGACGUCCUCCAUCGCGAUCCAGGCGAGCGAGCCGCCACCCUCGGAGUCCCAGAAGCUGGCGCACAGCGUCGGCUGCGGUAGCGACAGCGGCGUCGACGUCGCGAUGGCGGGCGCUUCGCUACCCGUUGCUGCUGCAGCAACGUGCGCCGGCGCGUCUUCUGCGAGCGAGGCGAACCCCGAUGCGCCGCCGGAGCAAACGAAAGUGAUCGAAAUCAAACCCCCGUCUUCGCCCAAACAAGAGGGCGCCAUGGCUUCGGCCGGAAGCAGCAUCACCGCGGCACAAGUGCGCGAACUCUUGCGAACCCUGAACCUCGACACGAACGAAGGCAGCGCGGUGGCGGCGGCCGACGUCUCCGGGUCGCCGGCGUCGGUGCCGGACUUCGACGUGCUCGACAAGUUCCCGCACGAGUCGCGCAGGUCCUUCGGGAACGUGCUGGACCCGACCCAGGGUUGGUCUUCUCCGUUCGAAGACGAAUACGAGGAUGUGGGCUCGCCAGGUGCGACUGCCGACAAGUCGGACGGCUCGGAUGACCUGGAACAGCAGAGCUACGACUCCCUCGUGCUGAGCUACACGCAGAACAUCAACCAGCAGGUGUGUGGAACGCCAGAGAUGAGGGACCUCAUCACGUCGGCCAUCAGACCAUGCACAGAAAGCCAGGCUGCACCUGGCAAUGCAAAUGUAAAGGCUGAAGACCAGCGUUCCAGUGCAGACUCCCUAGAUGACCUGGCAGACUUCGAGGUGGUUCCGACAGAGAGGGCACCUGACGUUCGGACAAACCAGCUGCUCUCGUUGAUGGGCCACAUUCAGCAAGAGAAAGGCCUCGACCAGCAGGGAUAUGCCUGUCGGGGCUGUAACUGCCCCAUCGGCAUGAUCUACGGCGCAAGCUCUGUGUGCUCUUACGACGGCUACUCAUACUGUCCGGAGUGUAGCGGCAACGAGUCGAAUGUGAUCCCCGCCCGCAUAAUUCACAACUGGGACUUCCGCAAGCACCCCGUCAGUCGUGAGGCUAAAGAGCUGCUGAAGAAGUAUGAAGCCGAGCCUCUGCUAGACCUGAGGAUACUGAACCCUUCACUGUACGAUGCUGUUCCCGAGCUGGCUGCAACGCAAGUUCUUCGCUCGCAGCUGGGUUUCCUGCGGCCUUACCUUCAGACGUGUUCUGAAGCGGCGUCCAGUGCACUUCGGAAGCUCAUCUGGCCUAGGGAACACCUGUACGAGCACAUACACCUGUACUCCACCUUUGACCUCCUACAGGUGCCGUCAGGUACUCUGCAGCGGGCUCUAGAGAAGGCGAUCAAAUUUGCCCGUGGCCACGUUCUAGACUGCAACCUGUGUGCAGCAAAGGGCUUCAUUUGUGAAAUCUGCCGUGACCCUGCUGUCAUUUAUGCCUUCGAUACAGAUGCGACCUAUCACUGCAGUGCGUGCUUUGCAGUGCACCACCGCACCUGCAUCGAAGACAGCGGUCGAGUCUGCCCGAAGUGUGAGCGAAGGCGUCAGAGGAAGGAGCAGGAGCAGGGAAUGGUGCUCUGCUCUGGGGCAGACGUGACAGCCGACAGUGCCUCUGUCUUUGCUUCGUGAGCCACGGUACAACAGAUCUUCGUACAAUAGUGGCAGGGCCACUUUUACUUGUGCCGAACAAGGGCAUAAGUGAGCUGCAGCUACAAAGAGCUUUUAAACUUGAAUGUUUUUUAUCAAUUUCUGACAAAGAGAGAAAGCCUUCGACAUAGGCAGCAGCUUUAGUAAGCUGCUGAGCUAUCUUCGUGCCUCUCAGUGCAAACGACAAAAUUUUUUUUUUUACCAUGGCUUUUUAUUUCGCACUGGUGCCUACAUGAAUAAAUGCAUGUGUCUGACAAAUGUAUAGAGUGUAAAAUCUCGUAACAUAUUUUUAUCUAAUGGAUGCUGUCGUUCUCAGUGCAAGAUGUCAACAUGCAAGAUGCUUAACAUGUGCAAUGUGUAAAAUAUGAGAACAAAGGAGAUAUGCUUUAGUAGAUAGGAUUUUACGUGCAAUGCAGUUCAUUGUGCUAACUCCUAUUGCUUCUGGCACCAGCUUGACAUGUAUUGCAAACUGACAAUGCUCCGCACAGCUGUAUAUUGACAUGCUUUCUCAAGAUCGUAUUUGGAGGCAAUUUUUUUUUGUUUGUAUGGUACCUGCGUAAAGCUAAACCUUUCUGUUGGUGCCAGUCAGCAGUAUUUGUGUGUGUGCAUAUCCUUUUUGUUUAGAUUGUGUUUUCAUUUCGACACACUGCGCAGAUAUAUAGAUGCGUGUCCUGUACAGUGUUGGCCCGCUCUUGAUAAGGCUCUGCACUCGUAGAAGGCAGUAGUAGCUUAUCUGGUGCGAUAGCGUUCCCCCAAGCGUCAUGGUUGUUUAUAGGGCAUGACUGCCCUGGGUUGAUAAGGCAGAUACCCUGUUAACUGCCAAAUGCGCACAUGCCCACUCGGUCCUUUCGAAAGUACGUCAUAUGCAAGACAACAUUGUUUUUUUUUUGUUUAUUGAGGCCUUCAAAUCGUUAUUAAAUGAUAGCUGAGCGUUCUGGGGCUUCAGUCGAAGAACAGGAGUCGUUAGUAGUGAGUGGUGCUGUAGUGUACAUGACAGAAUAACAGAGUUUGAAUGACAAACGAGUGUUUUAAGUAUAGAUUUCAGCGAGAAUGUGCUUGGAAAACAUAGCUUGUUACAUAUAUUCUUGUUACACCUGUAUGUUCCCCCCACUGCCGCAACAUCGGGCCUGCUGUGCAUGUAAAAUUCUUUUUAAUCACCUUUAUACACUCUGCCCACCAAAAAAUGCUGUUAAUCUCUGCUCCCUGGAAGUUUGGUGUUCCCAGUGCACUCUCUGCCUGUAUUUUUAUGCGAGUGCAUGUGCCGUCCCAUUUCACUCGUCUAUAUGUCAACUUUCAUUCACUUGGUUGAGAACAAGUGCUGCACAACUCUUUGGUGAAACUUGACGACGGCCUGACGAGAUGGCCAGUAUGGAAAGCCCGAGCCACAUGCCAAUGUGGCCUUCAACGUAGGUGAUGAGGCCUGGUAUCUAGUCAGACAGAAAAUACCCGUCAUAAGGUUCGCUGAUUGCACUUUUGAAAUAGUUCACUCUGUGGCAUGUAAACAUCCAGCAUUGACAUUCAUGUAUGCAGAAUUUCUAAAGCGUCAUCCAGAGGUGAACGUGCUAGUAUCUGUGAGGUUGGUAGCAGUUGCUUCAUAUGACAUGGCGUUGAUGGGAAGGUCGAGGAAGUACUUGGCUUGGCUUAGUCACUCCUUGAGCUUUGCAACCAUGAGGUGUCUAUAGCUGCAAAUAGCCCUCUGAUAACUAAACCGGUGAAACACGGAGGAAAAAUGCCUUUUAUACUAUGCUAUAUAUGCAAAAAUGCAUUAUUAGAAAUGCUGCAUACUGUGUAACAUUUUUUAUUGUUUAGAAGGUUGCGAUUAAUUGUGAAAUGUAUCCGAUAACACAAUGGUGGUUAAUAGCUAUUGCAGUGCCACUGUGAGAUAGUAGUGCGAAAGGGUUGAAGUUUUGGCAACAGAAGUCGGGGUUACGAAAACAUAGGAGGCCUUGCUGAACAGAACUAAAGUAAACUAAACUCUCGGAGCUGUAGGGAUUAAAUCUGUCGCCAAGAUAUCAGUCUGAAUCUCCCAAUCCCCAGUUUUCUCGUGGUGGUUGAACAGUCACAGUGCCUAAUAAGAUUGUUUGGGUCUACCAUUUUGCAAAGUACCUCACGUUUUCAUAUCUGGUUUAAUCUAAGAUCACUGUCAGUUGCCCUUGAGCUUUCAUUAUGUUCAACCCCCCCCCCCCCCAAGAAAAAAAACAUAAUAUAUUAUGAGUGAUGAUGCAGGAGGAUUCUUUUAUUCUUGGAAGGCUUUUUACUUAUACUUGAGCCAUAGAUCUUUAAUAUUUAGUAGUAUUCUUGGUGUAUGAAAGCUUUGUGAUAUUGCAUAUAUGAAGCAGUUGCCCAGGAAGCUGCUUUACUACCAUGUACUUCCAAUGGGAAAGCCAAACAGGCUUUCACAAUGUGUGACAGAGUGCGUUCUAUUAAAUGUUUCUACCUAGAGA